GACAUGAUUCCGCUUCCGUCCUAAGCGCCGCCCCCCCGGAGAUGUCCAAAGCCCGGCCGAGCCCUUCAGCCCUCAUUCUGGACAUGGCCAACAAUCCGCGGCACUCCCGAGUCAACGGGGCCUUGGACCGGAGCACCAGGCAGCGGGAUGAAGACACGCUGCGCUUUCUGAGCCCGGAGGAGAAGGAGUGCCUCCAGUUUUUUGAAGAGACCAUCGGAUCUCUGGAGAACAGCCUCGAAGAGGACGGGUUCAGGGCCGAAUUGGCCAAGUCUCCAGCAAGCGCAAGCCGCCUUCUUGGCCACGAGAUGGACGGACCGCCCGAAAGCCCAGAUCUGUAUGCCGUGCUUCCUGUAACAGCCAGGCGCCUCAGCGCUAAAGACCAGGAUAUUAUAGACCUCGUACGCCCAGACCCGGACAUGAUGCUUGCCAAAUUACCGGUCUUCAAACCUACCAGUCCAGAUUUCCAGAAAAUGACCAUGAGCCCCGAGAGCCACUUUGAGAUCAAACCGAGACACGAUCCUCUGCACCACUCCGGCUACGAGCUGACGGACGAACACUCCUACCACCCGGCUGGCUCGGUCCCCACCCCGGUGCUCAUUGCCAAGAAGAUAGCCGAGAACCAGGCCGUGGCCGCACCCAACACUUUGGCCUCACUCCAGCGCCGGCACAGCCAGGAAGAUGUGAAAUCACCCGGCCUCGACGGAGUUCCCCCCACGAAGCAGGGGCCCCCGACCUUGGCCAAGCCGACCAGAUACCCGGCCAACAUCGGUAUGAUUAUUGGCAACAGAGAGCUGCAGAAUCAGCCGGGAUCCAACGUGAACCUCCACGACAGGCGGGCGCUGAUGCUGUCGAAUCUAACGGGAGCGCCGCAGGCUCUCCUUCAGGAGGAUUCCAAGCCAAUUUUGGUGCACAAGUUGCAAAAGGUCCCUUCCCGCAGCGCUUCCUUCAAGGACCCCACACCUGAGAAAACCAGGAUGGAAGCAUUGUCUAAGCUGGGCCUGGCCAGAAACUGUGACCUGCCGGGAGAGAUGUUAGGCCACGACAGCUUGGCGCCAAGUAGGGAGACCAGUCUCACUCGUGCUUUGGAGACCAGUGUUCGCCAAACAAUGACCGGCAUCCAUGCGCCAGACUCCAAGGUCCCGACAUCGCCACAAAGCCACACCCCUGUCCAAAAGGUGGAGACUCCGCCUUUCGAUUCCCCCAGGAGCUUUGAGAACAGAAAGCCUCCGGCGAGCCCACCGCAUUUGGAGAAAACCUCAGCGGCUGCGCCUCAGUCGGAGGUCCUAUCGCUGGAAUUGAACAGUUUUGGGGGGAAAUCCAUUGUGGUUGCUCCGGGUCCCUCCAAGAACGAACCUGUGACGCCCCUGACGGGCUCUGAUGGCAAAGUCCUUCUUUCCAUGUUGGCAAACCCCAGUGAGUUCAACAGCUACGGAGGAAAGUCCAAAGUUCUGAACCCCGCAACCGAAGCCCUGACCAGGAGCGACCUUCCCGACAUCCUCAGCUCCCACAUCGACAUAAAUCAAAACGUGCCGGUCAAACCCCAGCCGCUGCCCGCCAAGCUCAACAGUUACGGGGGCAAGAGCCGGACCAUCAACCCAUCCGUUGGGGUACAGCGCCCCGCAGACAGCCCGGGAAGGGCUUUGAAAGGGCCUCCCCCGACACCGGCACCAAGAAACCCUCAGACCUCGCAUCCAAAUGCCGGCAAAGCGGCCGUGCCGGAUGCCAAACCGAGAGCCGCCGCCCCCAUGUUUCGUCCCCAAGGCAUCACCGUGCAGUUUUCUGGCCGGGGGGCAACCGAGGAAUCUCGCAAGCAGGCACUGAAGAAACUUGGGCUGCUGAAAGAGUCGUGACGUACUCUGGCAACGCUCCCGCCGGCGGCGCUUUGGUGAAAGUUUUUCGUGCCUCUCCAAAGGUUAAGGUGUGGCCGCGGAGACCUUUUUACCUGGAGAAGGCAGACCAGCACAGCCAGUUUUGCUUUCUUAGCAAUUUAAAGACUGCUGUCAGGAUGAUACAAAGGGUACCUCUAUUUUUACUGCUCUCUUUACCGACUUGGUUCUUUGUGCUUUCGGGAAGGAGCAAAGCUCUGAGCGCUUCUCUUUCGAGAAGAGAAGAACUCAAGUUUCUGUCAACUGAUUUGGGAGCAAGUAUAUUUGGCUGUAGGGCAAAAAGUUUUUUUUCGGGGGCAAUUAUGUGACUGGGGCGAAGGUUAUUUUUACUCGUCGGCCCAGCCUCCGACACUAACCACAAACUUUGGAAGGGCUUUUUUUUUUUCACUGUGCAGAAGGAAUAUUUUCUACUUUGUGCAGGGAACACCGAGGCAUUGUACUGCGCAAAAGCACUUGGACCGCAGAGUCUUUCCGUGACUGGCCCCUAUCCUGGCUAAUUAGCAGUUGGUGACCAUUCUAUGGGCCGCUGUCCGCCAACCCAUAUUUAUGUACGUGCGCGCGUUUCUAUCUUUCAGACUCCGGCCGCUGUAGUUAAGCUACAGUAACUAAUGAAGUAUAUUUGAAGCGCUAUCACAGGCUUCCACAGCAGCGUUGCUUCUGUGGGAACUUGUGAAUGUUGUUUCCAGACUCCGUUUUUUUUUUUCCUGUAGGUCAUCUACAGUUUGUAUGAAGUGUGUCCUCUACUGUGCUUUCGAAGCAAAGAGUGGGACCUAUGGCGUGUACAGAGUCCUGUAGAAAGUCAAUGGCAAUCAAUAAAGCAAAUUGUGCGUCUCCUUGGUGACUAAUAUAGAGUUCUUUGGAGUGCCUGUGGAAUGUGAGGAAUGAGCUGGGCGGGUGGAAUUUUUCACCGGGCGCGGCCGGUCUGAAGGUACGCCUUAAACGUUGUUGAUUUUGGGCUUGUCCGGUAGAUGGCAACAUGCUGGAAGCUUCGGCACCUUAUACUCAGAGUACACAGAGUACGUAAUGGCAUGGUGGAAACGGGCAGUUUAAAAGAAAAAAGAAAAGCAGCCGAUGAUCAACUCUUUUUGGAUCAAAAGCUUUUUGGGUCAGAAUCAACCCAAGCCAAUUUCCACUACUCAUUAUUUAAAGAACGGAAAUCCAGGAAACUAAAGAAAAAAAUAAAUAAUAAAGUUUCGUGUUUGAAGAGUUUA